GAACAGCUGCUCGGUGCGAGCUGACCUCAGCAGCCCUCUAGUUUCUUAACGAUAUUAGUGAUAAUGUGGAUUGAUUUGUCCUGCUCCACUUAGAAAAAAAAAACCCAAGCUAAGAGCUGCCAUCGGGACUUGGAGUUCCAGUUCUGGUUAAUCUAUAGAAGUAGGGUCUAAGGACACCAUGGCAGAGAUGGAGGAAGACGUUGGAGACCUCGCACCGGCUGGGGAGGGUGACGAUGAGUCAGACAGGGAUGAAGAGGGCAGAGAGUUUGACUGGGUGGCUGAUGUUGAUGAUGAGGACGAGGACGAGGAGGAGGAGGAGGAAGAGGAGGUGGAGGAUGAGCAGCCGCUUGACACUGAAGCGUCCGAGUCGUUUGAGUUGGACACCCCGGCUGAGCGCAGUGGUCACAUUGCGGUGGUCGAUGGAAACUACAUGUACAUCUGGGGAGGAUACAAGAAUGCUCAAAACCACGGAUUCUUUGACUUGUACCUGCCAAGAGUUGAGAUCUGGGCGUAUAACAUGGAGUCGGGAGUAUGGACUAAGCACAUAACGGGAGGUAACCUGCACACGUCCAUGUCGGGCAGCUGUGGAGUGUGUGUUGAUGGAGUGCUGUACCUGUUUGGAGGGCAUCAUGCCAGGGGAAACACUAACAGGAUCUACCGUCUUCACCUGAGAGCUCCCAGCCUGGUCUGGGAGGAAAUGACCGAUCUGAAAGGAGUCCCUCCAUCCUGCAAGGACAAACUAGGCUGCUGGGUUCAGAAGGACAGAUUAAUAUUCUUUGGGGGUUAUGGCACUGCUGCUCAAGGACACCGGGGGACAUUUGAGUAUGAUGAAUCUUCUUCAUUUGUGUGGGACAACCCCGGGCGAGGUUGGAACAAUCACAUCCACAUCCUGGACCUGGAGACCUCAACAUGGAGCCAGCCCAUCACUAAGGGCAACACUCCGUCACCCAGAGCAGCUCAUGCCUGUGCUACAUUGGGCAACAGAGGCUAUGUGUUUGGAGGACGAUACAAGAACUACAGACUAAAUGACCUGUACUACAUUGACUUGGACACAUGGGAGUGGCAUGAAAUGAGCGUCCCCCAACAGGGUCCAGUGGGUCGAUCGUGGCACUCCUUCACUCCAGUUUCACCAGACCACAUCUUCCUUUUCGGAGGUUUCACCACAGACAGAGAGACGCUGAGUGAUGCUUGGCUGUACUGUGUGAGUAAAAAUGAGUGGAAACCGUUCAAGCACAGCCACAUGGAGAGCCCCAGGCUGUGGCACACGGCAUGCUCUGGUCCAGAUGGGGAGGUAUUUGUGUUUGGAGGCUGUGCCAACAACUUAUUAUCUCACCAGAGAGCUGCUCACAGCAAUGAGUUAUUGAUUUUCAACGUGCAGCCCAAAUCACUUGUUCGGUUCUGCAUGGAUGCCGCGCUGCAGCACAGGGAACGUCUGGCGAGUUGCUGGGACUGCCUGCCCAAACAUCUCCUGCACAGCCUGCACCAGAGGAUGGCCCGUGCCAACACACUGGGCUCCUAGUCGGUCUAGUCCACAGGAUCACAGGAUAUGUAUGCAAGAGCUGGAGAGACAGAGGGAAACGUACUGGCUGGUGCUCUUGGGGCAGGUUAGUUCUUUAAAGAGUGCCAGUUUUAUGUGUGUACACAAACAUACAUACAAAAAAAAUGUCUUAGCAAUAGUGGACUGCCAUGGCUCUGUGGAAACUGGUCCCACCAAGGUUCACAGGCAGUCCUCAAAGGAGUGUGUAACAAUCAGUCAAGCACCUAAAGCGCCAGUAGGAUGUUCAGUGGACGAGUGUGGUGAUGCUCAGCCUUGUUUUAGCUUCAUGCUUUAGCCCAGGACUGCUCUAAAACUUUGUAUGCUCUCAUGCAAGUUGACUUUCACUAAACAGCAGACCCUUAUUUGAAGUGAUGUUGUCCCGCAAUGCCCCCGCCUUUAAUAAUCACAGCUGCAGGAAAUUUAAUUUAUAUAACUUGUAGGUAUCACUAAGGCUCAAAGGGAUAGGCAUGGAUCAUUAAAUCCACUCAAGCAGCACACGAAUCGGCAAGUUGGUUGUGGAAAUACUGGAAACCAAAGGUAACAUUGCUGGUGAAAUCCAGUUAAAAUUAGAAAUGUUUCCCUAAAACACAAAUCCAUUCUUCAGUUACACUGUAAAACAAACCUGUUUUGAAGAUUAGAGCAAUAUUUGGGGGGAAGGGUUUCCAGUGUUCACACCUUGUCAUUUAAAGCAACUGCUUCAGUGAUGUAACUCCAGAUGUUAUAUUUCAGUAAGAUCUUGAUUGCUGUACUUUGCUAAAGUUCUCACAGAUGUAAAACUAGUGCUUUAAAAUCACUGACUGUUUACACUCGAGCCAUGGCAAUUUUAUUUUUUCAGUUAUUAUUUGUAUAUAUUGUAAUUAAUAUAUUUGCGUGAACUGUUGUGGUUCUUGUGUUUCCUUUGAAUUUUCUGAAGUGGCUCCUGUAGCGUUAAAUCAUAUUUAAUAAGUAACUGAGAUUAUUAUAAGUAUGCUGAUGUUGAGCCACAAUGCACUGAAAUGAAAUGCCUCAUCAUUAGGACUUUCUUGGUUUUUUUUUUGUCUGGUUUGCACAAUCUUACCUCUGUGUUUCUAUUGUAGAAUACAAUGCACAAAAUGUGUUUAAAAUGUGAAUUUUGGCUCAAAGAAUAAACACAUGACACAAAUUAA